CAAAACACUACAAAACACGCCCACUGGGGGAACCGUCUGUGUUUGCGUCUCCGCACCAGAGCAGAACUGCGUCUCCUUUCAAACCACUUCCUGUUCUGCUGGCGGAGAGAAGUGCGCUCCUUCACUUUGCAGCUUUCUUUUCUUUUUCAUCACGACUCUGACAUAAAGCCGUCGUUCUGACUGCAGAGAUCAGAGUGAAAUCUCGUCUGUGUCUCGGAUCUCUGCUCCAUCCGCCUGGUCCAGAGGACAAACGGUCACAGCUCUUUGUUCUGCCAGGAGGGACUCAGGAGAGACAGGCUGAGGACAAUCCAGCAGCAGCAGGAUGGUGCUGAAGAUCUUCCUGCUCUUCGGCCUCCUCGUCCUCACAGAGGACUUCAAUCUGACGGAAGAUGAGUGGAAGGAGCUCGGUCCUGACGUAGCUGCCCUGCACCGCCUCCGAGGACUGUCCCAUCACAGUCUGCAGGGGGUCUCCGUUCAGAGAGCUGACGAGCCGAAGAGUUGGCUGAAGCCUCUUCAGAAAUGUGAUAACUCCACCUGUUGUGUCAGUCGAAGGGAACAGGACUUGGACAACUUCUUGGCAAAGAUUAAGGAGCAGAAGGUUCAAGACUGGCUGAUCAGUGCUUCAGAGAUCUCACACAGCUACAGCCAAAAGCUUCUGGUAAUGACUGAUGAAGAGAAGUCCACCAAAGCCAGAGCCCAACAGGAGUACUACACCGAUCUUCAUUACUCAGCGAUUAUCAGCAAAGGGUACCUGCUCAAUGACUCCUGUCUACCAGAGGUGGACAGCUCCACUGUGGUAAAGGUAUUUGGACGUGUUUCAGAAGAUGGACUCACUGUGUCAGACCUUCCUGGCUCAGCUCUUGCAGAUCUGCUCUUGACAAUACCACUGAGAGCAGCUCCAGUUUUCUCUCUGGAUGGAAACACCACCACAGACUUCCAACACAACUUCAUUCGUGUUUCCGUGGCCCGGGCCCUCCAAGCAGUCCUGGAAAUAAACCAUGGCAAUCAUCACAUUUACCAGGUGAUGGAUCAACCCAACUCCUACCUGUUCCCACAAAGAGCAGUUGAUAACAGCACACAGUACAGCCACCAGCAGAUCAUCAUGCUGGAAGAUGACCCUGUCGUCAGAAAAGCUGCGACUUCUCUAUUUAAGAAGCAUCCAUCAGUCAGCGCAGUCUAUCAGCUGGAUCAGAACCACAGACUCAAACUGAUUCGUGGUGAAUCCACUCCUUUGUCUGCGGACAGCAGGCUGGUGCUGGUCGGCCAUGGGGUCCGAGGUGGCUCUGGAAAGAUGAGACUGGGGAGUUUCACACCCGAAGAUGUGAGUAGAAUCAUUCAGAGCACCUCCAGGGUCAGCGACGCAAUCAAAACUACCAGUGUGGUGGGAUGUGAGGUCGGAUCAGAUCCAAACUUCAUGGAAGCUCUGAUGAAGGACCUCAGGAGCGCUGGCAUCACAACCAAUUUGCGCGCGAGGAAGUCCAAGGUCCAAGUCUUAAACACCGGAGAGAAAAUCACUCAAGAACUCUCUCCAGAAGGAGUGUGGAAACAUAAAGAUGACAGCCAGAAAGUGGUUGCAACUCUGGAUCAGAAUGGAGAGAUCAUCAUUAGAAAUGAGGCUGGUAGUAAAGGAGAAGAAGUUUUUCCUAAGGAAAAGAACUUUCUUGUUAAACCAAAGAAAGGCAGACAAAACAAAAACCAAGGAACCCAAGCCAACGUCGACACAAACAUCUGGCCAGAAGAACCAAGAAGAUUUGUUAACCUGGACAUUUUUGAGGGGGGAAACAAGCAUGAAGUCCACCAAAGAAAGAAUUACAUGAUAGAACUUGAGGGAAUUACCUGGGCCCUUUUUCAUUGUGAUCAACCAUCUCCAAGGAAAAUCAAUCUCAACAACAACCGACCACUGAGAGAACAAUUCACGAUAGCAGAAAGAGAUGGGAACAAUAUUAGAUGGCUGGACAAUGAGGAACAAAUAAGACGAGUCCUUCAAGAAUGUUAUGAGGUCAGAUCAGGAAAAGAUGUUCUAAAUGUUGUUCGUCACUACGGAAAGAGCAAAGAAAAUAAAGUCACCUACGUGAUGGUCGGUGACUGGAUCCUGAAGAUUGAUCCGGAAAGUCUUUAUGCAUUUCCAGUUGGAAAGAAACUUGACAACAAUCAAAUGGGAAACAACAACAAAAUUAAGGAGGUGAGAGGGUACAUAGAAAGGCAGGUUGGAAAAGAAAGCUAUGCGGCCAUGAGAGCAGCAAUUACGAAAAAAGGUGAGUACGUUGCAUUUGUAAGAUGUAUCUUUCAGGGAGAGCGACUUGGACUCCCAGCAGACACUGAGGCCUCUUACGCCAUAUAUUUUACUGCAUCCACCAUUUGUGAACCUUCCAGAAACUUCAGGACAUUCCCUCUUACUCUUAUGGCUCUUAAAUUGACCGAAAACUUUGAUGAAACAGGGAGGAGCUUCUUUUUUGAGGACCAUCCAAUGGCAAGAGGAGGAAGCUGGGUUAAUAAGGACAAACGAGGAUUCAGUGGUGCAGGAGAUUCUGGAGAUUCAAGCAAAAAGAACAACCUGAAAGAAGUCACAAACCUGGAAAUUGAAAUUUUCACAAAGUGGAGGCAAACUGUUGAUCAGAAUGAAGUCCUCAGUUCAAUGAUAGAACUCUUACAAAACUUUAAGGUCUUCACAGAUGCUGCUGCUGCUCAGUGCUUCACAGAGGAUAAUAACAAAUUCAGAGAAAUGACUGAGGCACAACAGCCAAAUGCAUCUGGAUCACUGGGCGGUCAUGGGGAUGGCUAUGUGACACUACAAGAUUUAAACUCUUCAGAAUUAGAGAGUUCCUUCAAACACGAGUCCUAUUUCUCCAGAGCCUCUGCGUCAAUAACCGAGGAGAUUUGCGUUAAGCUGACAGCAAAAUAUGGUGAAAAUCUGGCAAAGUUGCGUGUGAAAGAAAGAACAGCCCACAUAGAAAAUGGAGAGUUUGUAUGUCAGCUUGUGCCUGAGGGAGCUGAUGAUCAACCAAGAGAAUUCAGGACCAAGUUAUCUACAGAGAGCAGACACUACAAUGAGAAGAUGCUGAAGAGCAUAAACACAGCAACUGGAGACAUGAAGACUCACAGCUCAAAACCUUCCCACCAAGUCAACAAGAAGGUGGAGCAAAUUGGAGAUGAUGUUGGAGUUCUGGGUCUCAUCAAAUAUGCAACCGCCAUGAUGAAGAGCCCUGCAAUGAGGGGAGCAAUGAUAGCUGUACUGAUAGUGGGCAUUGGAUUUGGGGUUUACAGUCUAUUCAACUUUCACGAUGCUGAGGGCGACGUGUUGAUGGACAUGGAGACUAUCACGGGCAACAUCCACUCUGACCUUCUCGAAUCUGGUUAUGAAAGCUCCGUUCUGAAUGGCUCCGACGGAAACAACGUGUUGGUGUCCACUGGUGAAGAUUGCCUGGUUGGAGAAGACGAAAACGACAUGUUGGCUUCCACUGGUGAAGAUUACUUGGUUGGAGAAGACGAAAACGACAUGUUCGACAUGUUAGCGUCCAUUGGUGAAGAGUUUGUGGUUGUACAACAAGAAAACGACUCCCUUGGUGAAGAGUUUGUGGUUGUAGAACAAGAAAACGACUCCAUUGGUGAAGAGUCCGUGGUUGUAGAAGACUUCUUCAUUCGUGAAGUGAAAGUGAUGGACAGGGGUCGUGGCAGAGACCAUGGUGUCCAUCAGCAGGACUGGCCCAAGCUUUUUAUGCACCCUACACGAGCCCGAGACAAGCGCCGUCAUCCACCCGGGGAGGGGGGUGCCGCCACCGCCACUGCCUCACUUCUCUCCCAAUAUUUAGGGACCCAGCCAGGAGGGCAUGGUGACCGAUGGCCACCAUCCCCGGAGGGCAUGGUCUCUAUUGUUAUUCACUUGCUUCCUCUUAUUAGUAUUUUGACAGCUCCAAGUAUAUCACACAUUUCCGGCUCCGAACCCCAAUUUGACCCCCUAAACAUGCAUGCCAACUCACCAAAUUUGGCACGCACAUCAUGACCGGCAAAAAAUUUUAUAAAAUGGAAAAAUUAUACCCAUCUGCUCUCUAGCGCCACCUA